ACAGUACAGUACGCAUUGUACAGCUGGGUUUGUGGGAUAUUUUGUGCCGCUGGAUAAGACGGGUUUUUAUUCAGGUAUCAGAGUCGACCAGAAGUUAUCCGCAGCUUGGCAUCUGAAGCGUCUAUUUGGACGUGAAAAUCCUAAUCAUCAGACAUGUUACGAGCAGCAAAUCGCCUGGUGUCGACGCUGGGACGCAGCGGUCAGUUUGCCCGCUGUGCUCCGCUGUCAAGUGCGGCACUGCCUCAACCGCAAACCAGUCCAGAUAUUCACUUCAACAAGAUCUUCAUCAACAACGAGUGGUGCGAUGCUGUCAGCGGCAAGACCUUCCCAACUAUCAACCCUUGCACUGAGGAAAAGAUCUGUGAUGUUGCAGAGGCUGAUAAGGCUGACGUUGACAAGGCAGUGGAGGCAGCCAACCAGGCCUUUGCCCUUGGGUCACCAUGGCGUACAUGUGAUGCUUUAACUCGCGGUACUCUUUUGAACAGGCUGGCUGACCUGAUUGAGAGAGACCGUGUCUACUUGGCAAGCUUGGAAACCCUGGACAAUGGGAAGCCCUACUCUGCUGCAUUCUACGCUGACCUUGAUUUGACCAUCAAGUGCUACCGGUACUACGCUGGUUGGGCAGACAAGAUUGAGGGAAAGACAAUCCCCAUUGGUGGGGAUUUCUUUUGUUACACCCGGCGAGAACCUGUUGGAGUGUGUGGCCAGAUUAUUCCAUGGAACUUCCCCCUGCUGAUGCAAGCAUGGAAGAUUGGCCCUGCUCUGGCCGCAGGCAACACCGUAGUGAUGAAGGUGGCUGAGCAGACACCAUUGACCGGCCUGUACAUCGCCGCACUUGCCAAGGAGGCCGGCUUCCCACCUGGUGUGUUGAACGUCCUACCAGGAUAUGGACCUACUGCAGGAGCAGCUAUUGCCAGCCACAUGGAUGUUGACAAAGUUGCCUUCACUGGAUCCACGGAGAUUGGCCAUGUUAUUCAGCAGGCUGCUGGCAAAUCCAACUUGAAGCGUGUGACCCUUGAGUUGGGUGGCAAGAGCCCCAACAUCAUCUUUGACGACUGCGACCUUGAAUAUGCUGUGGAGCAAAGCCACUUUGCUCUGUUCUUCAACCAGGGUCAGUGCUGCACGGCCGGCUCGCGUACCUUCGUGGAGGAGAGCAUCUAUGAUAAGUUUGUGGAAUGCGCAGUGGAACGCACCAAGAAGAGGACUGUAGGAAGUCCAUGGGACCCCAGCAACGAGCAAGGACCCCAGGUUGACUCGGAACAGUUCUCCAGGAUUCUUGGAUUGAUCGACAGCGGCAAGCAAGAGGGAGCAAAACUGUUGACAGGUGGAGGUCGCAUGGGAGAUCGUGGGUACUUCAUCGAGCCCACUGUCUUCGGUGAUGUGGAAGACAACAUGCGCAUCGCACAAGAAGAGAUUUUUGGACCAGUGCAGCAGUUGCUUCGUUUCAAGAAAAUCGACGAGGUGAUUGACAGAGCCAACCGAACGAAUUACGGACUCGCUGCCGGUGUCUUCACGAAGGAUAUUGAUAAGGCUAUGCAUGUGGCCCAUGGUGUGCGAGCAGGAACAGUUUGGGUCAACUGUUACGAUAUUUUUGACACCAAUGUACCAUUUGGAGGCUUCAAGAUGUCCGGCAUGGGUCGUGAGAAGGGAGAAGAAGCCUUGCACAGCUACACAGAGACCAAGUCCGUGAUUGUCAAAGUUCCCCAAAAGAACUCCUAAACUGUCUUCUAGCACCAACAUGCAAGAAAGACCCACGGUAGCAGAAGUUGAAGGUGUUCAUUCUCAUUCGGUUGUAAAUAAUUGUUAACAGCACAUAUGAAGCUAUUUGGCAUAAAUAAAUAAUCUUUUACUACUGUGAGGCCUUUUGAAGUUAUUGCUUCGAUUACUCAGAUAAAUUUCCCACCACUUUCUCAAUAUUACAUUGUAUUUCAUCAGCACAAGAAAACAUCAUAUGUAGUUUCUCUUUACGUUGACUGUCUCUGUAUUCAUGUUAUGAAAAUGUAGCGUUCCAGUAACAGAUUACCUACUACUUUACUAACUUGGAGUGUGAAGUUUAUUAAUUGAUACAGCCAGCAGUAAUGGAUGCGUGAUGAAACUAUUCGGAAAGUGCCUCAUAUAUUUAAAAGAUAAUAAGAAGUACGAAGUAACAAAUGUAAAAGUCUGUAUAUCUUUUCGUAAAAUCUGACAAUUAAAUAGUAAUCAAAAGAAAAGUAAGGAAUAAUAAUAGUAAAAAACAUAUUUUGAUACUGGAUUCGUGCAAAUUUGGAACAGUAUUGCAUCAUUGUAACAAGUAAAGUGAAACCUAGUCUAUUCAUCAUCAUUUGUUUACUAAAAUGAUACCAUUGACGAUUAUUGCUUUAAUAGGAGACAAGCUAGCAGAUUUCUGAAUGAAAAGUCAGUCAAAGGUCAAAAAGUUUUUGCUAAAUUGAACAAUUGAGUAAGUUGCCCAAUUACCCUGAAAUACAUAAUCUUUUUAAUAUUAUGUGUAAUUUCAAGAAAGUUUUUGCUAAAUUGAACAAUUGAGUAAGUUGCCCAAUUACCCUGAAAUACAUAAUCUUUUUAAUAUUAUGUGUAAUUUCAAGAAAGUUUUUGCUAAAUUGAACAAUUGAGUAAGUUGCCCAAUUACCCUGAAAUACAUAAUCUUUUUAAUAUUAUGUGUAAUUUCAAGAAUAGGUGAUAAAUAUAUUUUUAAUACUGGAGAGCAUAAUGAAACUUUUUUGCAUAGAUGAGAAAUCACUGUUUAAAAAAAAGUCAGGAGAAAAAAAAUUGUUUGGCAGUUGAGGUAUAUGGUUUAUUGUAAUGUGUGAUCGUUUGUUUUUUUAUUUAGAACGCGAUUUAGUCUACCGUUAGAAUAAGUUCACUGAAGGCCCCAUGAUUUCAGGUUAAGUGCAUAUUCUGCAAAAUUCUUAGGGAGGAGAUUCUACAAGAAUCAAUGUUGAAUUUCUAAAACUAAAAGCGAAUCCAAAUUCACAAUCCUGGAUGAAAUCUAUUUAGCGCAAGUGAGCAUUAUGCAUUAAUUAAAACAGUAAUUCACACUUAUAUGAAUAGCGUUGAGUAAAGUAGAGGGGGAGUGGGGGAAAGUAUUAAAGCAUUUUGUAGAGAGGUGGCGGGAUGUAAUGGGAAAUCUGUUUCGUAUUAAUGAACAAUUCAGGACAAAGUAAAAAAUGCAUUCUCUCCAACUGGUUUCAUUAUUUUGAUACAUUUUUGUGAUUGUUGAUGGUUAAUGUCAGUACCUGAAUUAUUUUAUAUUUCAUUUUUCCUAUUAAUCCUUUCAUUUUUGUUGCUUCACUUGGUCAAUUAAAAAUUAUAUAUUCUAAAUAA